AUGACCUCCUCCAACCCGGACCAGCGCCUGGAGCACCUCCUGAGCGCCGUGGAGAGCGAGUUCCAGAAGGGCAGCGAGAAGGGAGACGCGUCCGAAAGGGAUAUUAAACUGACGCUGGAGGACGCCGACCUGUGGAACAAGUUUAAAGAGUUGACCAACGAGAUGAUUGUCACCAAAACGGGAAGGAGGAUGUUCCCGGUGCUCAGGGCGAGCGUCAGCGGCCUGGACCCCAACGCCAUGUACUCGGUGCUGCUGGAUUUUGUGGCCGCGGACAACAACCGGUGGAAGUACGUGAACGGGGAGUGGGUGCCGGGUGGCAAACCAGAGCCGCAGAGCCCCAGCUGCGUGUACAUCCACCCGGACUCGCCCAACUUCGGUGCGCAUUGGAUGAAAGCUCCCGUGUCCUUCAGCAAAGUCAAACUGUCAAACAAACUCAACGGUGGGGGACAGAUUAUGCUCAACUCCCUCCACAAAUAUGAGCCGAGAAUACACAUCGUGAAGGUGGGCGGUAUCCAGAAGAUGAUCAGCAGCCAGUCUUUCCCGGAAACACAGUUCAUUGCCGUCACCGCUUACCAGAAUGAAGAGAUCACAGCCUUGAAGAUAAAGCACAAUCCUUUCGCUAAAGCCUUCCUGGACGCUAAAGAAAGGAGUGAUCACAAAGAAGUGCCUGAUCACAGCGUGGACAGUCAACAGUCUGGCUACUCCCAACUUGGCGGUUGGUUCCUCCCGGGCCAGAGCCCCAUCUGCCCCAGCAGCAGCCCCCCGCAGUUCAGCGGUACAGCGGCCCACUCCUCGGGUUCGUACUGCGAGCGCUACUCCAGCCUAAGGAGCCACCGGGCCACCCCGUACCCCAGCCACUACCCCCACCGCACCUCCAGCACGAAUAACUAUAUGGAUAACACCUCGGGCACCCUGGCGCCCACCCAUGACGGCUGGUCUGCCCUCCAGAUCCCAAACUCCACCGGCAUGGGCACCCUGUCGCACACCACCAACUCCACAUCCAACUCAAGUCAGUACCCCAGCCUUUGGUCCGUGGCCGGAACCACCCUCACCCCAUCAGGCUCGGCCUCCGGCUCCAUCCCCGGCGGCCUGACCUCCCAGUUCCUGAGGGGCUCCUCCUACACCGGGCUGACUUCCUCUCUGCCCGUCUCCUCGCCAUCCUCCAUGUAUGACCCCAGCCUGAGCGAGGUCGGAGUCGGGGACGCUCAGUUCGAGAGCUCCAUCGCCAGGUUGACCGCCUCCUGGGCGCCCGUGGCUCAGAGCUACUGAGAAGCAGACAGCAGAAGAAGAAGAGUUUGGACAUAAAGAAUGAAAGACAAUCCAUCUCACUCGUCUUUGCUCCUAGCAUCCUAAUGUUUGGACCAUUGUCACACAUCCUGCUGACAUUUUGUUUGUGCUAACAUCCAAGUGUAUAUCUUUGUAAAUAGAAUAAAUUAACGUGCCGUAAUGCUUCUUAUAAAUGUGCCUAUUCUGACGUGGUUACAUUCAGACUAUGAGAUUCAAGUGCCUUCUU